AAGUCACAAUGGAUGAUAGUAAAACAGGCAAAGAACUGGACCCGUCCCUCUUACCCAUAGAACAAGUGUUCAUUGGCGAAGAUGACGUCAGCGACCUCAGAGACGUAGUCGACGCUAUCAACAAGUUGUGCGAAACGAUGAAGACUUCUUACGACGAAUACGAAGACUGUGAAGAUGUGCAGGAUACAGAAAAUCUUAACGCUGAAUUGGAUCCAAGUACAACUAUAGUCGAGGACGUUAUAGCGGAAUAUUGGAGUGAGAUGGAAUUAGAAGUGUCGUCUCCAGAACAUGUAAUGGCUAAACCUGUGCCGCGAAAAGUAGAAACGUGUAUAGACACGAGUUAUACAGCUGCCGAACCCGUUUUUUCGUCUCCAGAAGUAGUAGCUGAACCUGUAAUAUUUGAGACGUGUAAAAGAGAUAGGCUGAGAGAUACCGUUGCAGAAGUAAUACCAACUCCAGAACAGGCUGUUGAACCGAUACCACAAAGUGUAGAGGAAUAUAAAGACAGUUGGAGUGAAACAGUCGUUGAACCGGUGAUGAUAGCUUCAGAACCGAUAUUCGAAAAAGUUAGAAGUUAUAAAUCGGAGAGAAGCGAUACAAUCGAACCUGAGAAGCCAGCGGCAGCUAAAACAGACAUGGAACUUUUUAGACCUAUUGUCACAGAGAAAUUUGAAGAGGUCACUUCGGAUGUAGAAACAGUUCAGUGUGAGCCAAUGAGUGAAAUGUACUAUACUGCGUCGUCAGAAGUGAGUUUACUUUCGGAUGUAGAUUUCCAAGAGAAAGCUCAUACUGAGGAUUCUGAUAAGGAAAAGGAUGAUAGGACUGGUGUGAUGGCAGGCCACGUCGCUGCGAUGCGGGAGAGGUUCGAGAGUAUGACGAGAACAAACACGCCUUGUCCCGAUCUAAUGAGGUCCAUGUCGCCUUCUUUCGAAGUAUUUAGAAAUUUUAGCUCCUCUCCGGAUCCAUUAGAAUAAAAUAAUAUUAGACCGAUUCGAUUAAAUACACGACUGCCCCAAACAAGGAGUUAGUUUUCAGGCUUCAUGUAGGUAUGUGAGUUUCUUUAUUCCAUCACUAGAGGAUGCCCGCGGCUUCGCCCGCGUGGAUAUCGGUUUUUUAAAAUCCCGCACGAACUCUUUGAUUUUCCGGGAUAAGGUUCAGCGGUUGGGCCGUGAAAACGUAGCAGACAGACAGACACACUUUCGCAUUUAUAAUAUUAGUAUGGAUAAUUUCAUCAAAAAUCCAUACUAAUAUUCUUUCGAAUACGUUAGAAUCAUUCUGAUCCUUAGAGACUGACUGGCUAGUAUUAAAAAAAACAAUAUGGCGGUUAUACGGUGUUAUUUUCAAAUGUGAUUUUUUAAAAUUUUUAUAUCGUUUUAUGGCAAGGCAGUCGUGUUUUUAAUUACUUGUUUAUAUUAAUAUUUAAUAAGAGCAUCUACAGACAUGCCAACUUACUAUCGAAUUCAAAAAUGCACGAACAUCUUGCGAAACUAACAACACCAAGAAACUGACGAUUUUUAGUAACUAUUUCAUCGGCAGUAGAUUUUUGCAAACGUUUGUAGGACAGAGUCUGGUACCAACAAACAUGUAGGCACAUCUGCAGAUGGCUAGUGGACAAAUUAACAGGGCUCUCUCCGUCACUUACUCCAUACAAUCGUAGUCCCAAUUUCAUUUGAAUAUCAAGCAACCAAAGUCCAUGAAAUUUUGCAGACAUAUAUUCUAGAAACUAAUA